CUGCCGAGCAAACAUUUGGGCGAUGUAGGUGUCCUGAGCGGCCAUUCGUCACCGUGGGUGGAAACUCGCGUUCAUAUGCAUGCAGGACGAGAAGUUAGCCGUAGCUGAACCAUGCGCCUGAUGUGCCUGACCCUCGGCAGCGUGAGUAACGGAGGGGAGGAUGUCAGGAAACAGGCUAAUUGCCAGUCGAUCGAGUCUUGGUUGUACAGGCUCAGGAGUCUGGAGGCGAAUUGAAGACAGGAUGCUGGCAGCAAACUUCAGAUCAGUAUUCCCAAAUACCACCACGGGUAACAAAACCCAGGAGUCCUGGCCAAUCAUGGAACCCCAACGGUACACAAAAUUACCCUCUCCUGCACGGCUCCAUACGGCGUCGAUCUCCCCAAAGGACGAGAAUUACCAGAUGGAAAGGGACCGCCAUCCAGAACAAUGCUUGGUUCCUUUCCACUCGGGUGCCUUACCUUAUGGUGAUUUUUUUUUUUCCUUUCCUUUUUUGCCCAUUUGGGUUUUUUCCAAUCAAUCGCCAUUGGUCUGUAAUUUUUUUUUUUCUUUGCUUGGGGCGGCCUUCCUUCCUUUCCUUCCCUUCCACGCCUUUUCCCCGGGCCGAUGUCCUUCAGCUGAUUCUUAACGUCUGAAGUUUUUUUUUUUCUCUUUUCUUCUUUUUUGUUGCCUCUGUUCAGCUUUCUUCAGCUCGUCUAAUAUCUUACCCUCCCCUCCUCAAUCCCGGCCUGGGCAAUUCCGGAGUGGUGCUGAACAUCACCCCAUACCCACUCGUUCCUAUAUCAGCUGCCAGGGAGCUCUCAUCCUUCAGGAUCCUUUGAUAUCGUGUAACCUCCAACCCCUUGGAGUGAGCC